AUGUCCCCCCUCGCCCCAGCACCCCAACCCAUCGGCGUGUUCCCCCAGUUCCUUGCCACAGGCCCAGAAACACUUGUCCUCAAAGAAAAAGUCAUCUCGCUCAGCGGCGACAGUUUCAGCAUCAAGCUCGCGAAUGGCACGCCAGUCCUCCAGGUGGAAGGAAAGGUCAUGAGUCUGACUGGUCGUAAAAAGAUGUUCGAUAUGCAAGGAAACCACCUGUGUAGUAUCGUGAAGGAGCACUUCCAUCUCCAUUCCACAUAUGUAGUGGAGAGUGCGAAGGGAGAUAAGAUUAUGGAGGUCAAGAGUAGUUUUAAAUUACUCGGAUCCAAAGCGACAGCGACAUUCACUUCCUCGAAUGGGAAACAAGAAGUUCUCACCAUGCGCGGCAACUUCUUCGAUACUCAGGCUGAUAUUCUAGAUGAAGCACAAGGCGGUCUGGUAGUCGCCCGUAUCGACCGCAAGAUUCUUAGCGGCAAAGACAUAUUCUUCGGCCAACAAACUUACGGUGUGCAAAUAGCACCAGGAGUAGAUAUGGCUCUCAUUGCUGCACUGUGCAUCUGUCUUGAUGAGAAGAACAACGAGGGCUAG